AUGACCGGUUCCGUGUCGAGCUCGGGCGAGCAGCCGUCCGUCUCCGGAAAUCAAUCACAUUCGAAGCGCAUCCGCCUGUCGUUAGCCUGCAACCAGUGCCGGAAGCGCAAGGUGCGGUGCGACGCGCAAACGCCCAAAUGUCACAACUGCAUCCUCCGAGGCGACGACUGCCAGACCACGAACCCCCGGAACCCAAACCAGCAUGCCGUCCGAAAAUGGGCAGCCAAAAGCAAUACAAAUCAAAGCGAGGGCGGUAGCACCUAUGAGACCUCGGAGACGCCGCGGGAGCAGUCGCACUAUCGAACCGCCUCGCCCAGAGCGCGACAGUACCUGUCUCCAGCCUACGACGACGGCUCGGAGGGCGAAGCUGCCGCUUCACAAAAGAUGUCGUGGGUUGCGCGGGCCUACCGCGCCAACGCCCGCGACAACCAGAGUCCGCAUGAGCAUGCGGAUCUCAAUCCUGACAUGGCCUUGAACACCGACGAGAGCCCGCACCGCCUAAAGUUCAUGGGUGGCAGUAGCGUUCAGUCGUUGACCAUGUUUGCCGACCUCUUCUUCCGCAAACGCGGUCUGAAGCCCAUAUCACCCUACUUUCGGUUUGGGAUGCAUCACGUCGAAGAGUACCAAGUGCCACUUUCAUUCCAACUACCAUCACUCCCCCCGCUUCCAACCAUGGACGCUUAUCUAGACGUUUACAUGAAGCGGAUUUUCCCGCUAUUCCCUGUGUUUGAUGAACCUACGCUUCGCUCCGAGUUGGGUCGGCUUACAACGCUUCAAGACUCGGAUUCAUCCGCCGGGUUGCAGAACCUCAUUGAACCAUCACAGGUGCCCCUGUUGGUGUGCAUAUACAGUAUAAUGUGCAUCGGCGCUGACGAAGAGACCUGCAUGCUCACUGAGGUUGGCACUCAUUACUUGACAGCAGCUUACAGCCUGUUGGCGCACGUCAUAUCAACCCCAUACCUGGCCUCGGUGCAGGCCCUCGUCCUCCUGACCAUUGCAUUACGCGGCCGAAGUAAAGAAGGACAAGGCUGGCAAACGCUGGGGCAAGCGAUUCGCAUCGCUCACUCCAUCGGCCUCCACCGCCAUGCGUCGACAAGGCAUUCUGGGAAUACACCAGAUGCAGGGAACUCGGUCCCUUCGCCGGGAUACCAAGCCGACCGUAAACUCCACAGCCGAGUUUGGUGGGCUUGCUAUAACCUCGAGAAGCUUAUGGAGCUUGAAACGGGUCGUCCAGCUGCGAUACACGACUCGGAUUGCGAUCACAGGCUGCCAGAUCCCGUGCCCAUCCCCAGCGCCGGGAUAUUUUCACUCUCAGCCUCGGAAUCCCUCCAUAAUCGUCAGACCCUCGACUAUUUCCAGCCCUGGACUUCUUUGAGUCGCAUAAUCAGCAGCGUCAGCGCUCACAUCUACCGCCGCUCGGGACAAUCCCAGACCUCUCGCAUUCUGCUUGGCGACACAGUCCGCCUGGACUCGGCGCUGACAGAGUGGGCGCAGUCACUGCCUCCCGAGAUCCGCCCUCCUGGCCCAAACAGCGGCAACGAGAUCCUGUGCGAGACUGGUCACAAGCAUCUCACAAUUUUCCUGGCCAUACAGUACCAUCAUGCUCUCAUAUCUCUUCAUAGGGCCGCUUUGGUGUUCCCCGAGUCCAUGUAUCGGACGCACAUCAACUACCAAGCCGACUGUGGCACUUUGUCGGCGGUGGAGCUGACACGCUUGAGGCGCGGUGCCGAAAUAUGCAUUGGCUCUGCGAGAACGAUUGUGAGACUUAUCGGAGAAAUAGCUGACGACUCUACACCAACGCCUCGGCCAAGAGGCGGCAUGCUCGGCGAAGCUCCUCAUACCAAGUCUGAAUCCAUCAUCUUCACCAUCACACAGCCCCUCAUGGCGGCUGUGGCCCUGGCACUGCACAUCCUCAAGCAACCCAGCUCGAGGCUCGCUCGCUCCGACCUGGAGCUUCUGGGGAUAGCAGCACAGUACGCGGAAGAGCAGUACACCAAGGUCUCGCAGAACCCCCGCUUCAUCCAAGCGUGUUCAGUCCUUCAGUCAAAUAUGUCAGAGAUUGUAUCCGGCCAUCGGCAGCACCGGGGCUCGACAAACUCCAUUGCAGUGGAAUCUGUGCGUCACGAGCAUGCGCUAGUAGCGGACUCAAACCCUGAAGCCAUAAGUUCGGCUAUGGACAUGAUGGACUUUGAGCUCCCGGAUCUGACUGGAAUGUUUACCGAGAUCAGCAACACUGACCUAUUUGGAGGUGUCCGACUGGAGAACCUCUGGGGCAUGUUAGGUGCAGAGGGGCAGUUUGGGAAAGGCUCAGGGUCUUGGCCGCAGUGA